AUGUCUUCUUGGGAAUCACAAUUAACAUCACAAGAAGUAGAAUAUUAUAAGCAAUUAUUUAAAGCUGCAAGUAAAUCACAAGAAGGAAUAGUGACAGGCUCUGAAGCAGUACAAUUCUUUGCUUCUUCUGGUAUACCUAAUCAACUAUUAUCAGAGAUUUGGGAAGCUGCUGAUCGUGAUAAGGUGGGCUACUUGACACCAGAAACUUUUGCGAUUGCUUUAAAACUUAUUGCUUGUACUCAACAUGGAAAAGAAGCUAAUACCAACGUUUUAUCAACUGUCGUUCCAUUUCCUCAAUUUGAAGGAGUUAAUGUUGUUGUGUCUAGUCCAAGUGUAUUCAAUACGCCUUUAUUAAAUUCUUCUACAUCGUUAACUAAUUCACCCAUUACAAAAGCAGAGCGUGAAAAAUACAUUAGUAUAUUUAAAGUACACCAACCUGUUAAUGGAGUUCUUGACGCUAAUACAGCUAAAAGCAUAUUUUUAAAGUCAAACUUGUCAAUGGAGACUUUAAGUCAAAUUUGGUAUUUAGCAGAUGUCCGCCAAUCAGGAGCUUUGAAUCAAACUGAAUUUAUUAUUGCCAUGCAUUAUAUUGCCAAGUUAAUGGAUGGCACACUCACUAAUUUACCAGAUAAGUUACCACCCACUGUAUAUCAAUCCGCUCUUAAUGGCAAUACAUCAACGUCAACAACACAAUCUCCUAUAAUGCGUAAUAUGUCUAUUAGCUCACCCUCUUUUCGUAAUGCACGUCAGCAAAGUAUAAUGACACCCCCACAACGAGCAAGGACAAUUGAGUCACUUGGUGACAUGGCAUUUGGAUCCUCAGCUCCUAUAUAUGAACCUAUUCAGCAAUGGGAUGUUACAGCCCAAGAGAAGCAACAAUAUGAUAUUUAUUUUGAUAAAAUUGACUCAAAUAAAACAGGUGUUGUUCAGGGUAAGGAAGCAGUAGAGUUUUUUAAGAACUCUCGUCUUCCUGAAUCUGAAUUAGCUUUUAUUUGGGAUUUGGCAGAUAUUCAGCAAAGAGGAGCUUUAUCACGUAAUGAAUUUGCUAUUGCUAUGCAUUUAAUUCACAAAAGAUUGGCAGGAGAGAAUUUGCCCCAAGUUUUACCAAAGACUUUAAUUCCUCCCCAAAAAAGCAAUAACAUAAUAAAACAGUCACCUCAGCAAUCACGAUUUGGUAACUCACCUUUAUUCACUCCAAACAAUACCAUAUCAUCAACACCUCAGCAAACUCAUUCACUUAUUGAUAAUAAUGCAAAUAAUGAUUUAUUGGGCGAUUUCGGUAAUGAUCAAGUAUCACAUGAAACAAAUCAAGUAAAUCUUAUGCAAAAUCAAAUUGUAUCUCUUACUUCACAAACAUCUGCUUUAAGUACGCAAAAGUUAAAUGCAGAAAAUACUUUAGAACAAUUAUCAAAACAAAAGCGUGAGUUAGAGGCACAGUUGACUAGUAUACGUAUGACGCAUGAAGCUGCUGUUAAGGAUUUAAAUGAAAUCCAAGAGACAAUUCGUCAGGAAGAGAGUCAAUGGGAAAAAGUACAGGCUGAAUAUAAUGCUGCGCAACAGCAACUAAAUGAAGUGCAAAACGAAAUUACCCAGACAAAGCAAACUUUAGAGAAUGGACGUGCAGAAACAGAAAGUCUUCGUCGUCGUGUUCAUGAAAUUCAAGAGCAAAUAACUGCCUCUAAUGCUGAAUUAGACAAGUUGCGUGCACAAACAAAGCAACAAAACAUGAUGUUAGAUAUUAAUAAACGUCAAGUUACAGCUGCUGAGCAAGACCGUGCACUUGCUAGACGCCAUCUUGAAGAUUAUAAGACAGCUGGCGAUUUAAAUAAGGAUGAAAGUGAUAGUGAUGAUGAUGAUGAUGAUAAUGACGGUGAAGAAGAAAGGAAGACAUCAGUAUUUGGUGAUGUUAAAGACCAAUCUACUACUACAAAUGAAGUUUUAUCCCCAAAUGAAACAUCAUCUGUCAAUUCUACACCUGCUCUAGAUGACACGUUUAAAAAUCCUCCAGCACCUACACCUAUCUCUCCUUUUACUGAGUUUACCAUGACUGAUAAGUCAGCAAAUGUGUUCAAUGCCUUUUCACCCACUGCAGCAAUUAACAAUGUUACUAAUCAAAGUGAUAAUAAUUCCUCUACACCUAUAAGCGGCGAUGAUUUUGAUGCAAUUUUUGGUGUAUUUAAUACUCCUUCCAAUACAAAUACUACGACUACCACACCUGCCAAUGCAUUUGAUCCUUCACACUGGGCCACUAACUCAAUCACUACACCCAGUCUAUCUCAUACUAAAUCUUCUCGAGGCCCUCCUCCUCCUCCCCCUCAAAGUAGGCACCAUCGUCAACCUUCUGAGAGUGUAAGCUCAGUAGUUUCUGCUGCUUCACCUGUUAUUGUUUCAACAACGAAGAAACAACGAGCUCCUCCUCCUCCUCCUCCUCCACAGACUACCUCUACAACUACUAUAGAUUCAUAUAUUGCACAAGAUGAACAAAAAGACAAUGAUGGUGAUGAUGAUGAUGAUUUUGAGGCUGCCUUUUCAGGAAAGCAAUUACCUGAAGCCAAAAUCGUUAAUAAGGAUGAUGAAUUAGCAGAAUUUGAUGAAGCAUUUCAAGCAUUUGAUAUUAAACCAGCCCAAUCCGCAACAACAACCCAUCUAUCCUCUGCUACAAACAAAAACAACUGGGCUUCUAGUUUUGGAGGAUUUAAUUUUUCUGAUGUGGAUAACUUUACUCCUAAAGAAUCCACAACAACACCAGCUGUAUCAAAUGAUGAAGACUGGGAUGCUAUCUUUGGAGCUACAUCUUCAAAUGAUAAAAAUACUACUCCAAACACUUCAACUAUUAAUCAUGGUUUUGAUGACGCAUUUUCAAGCUUUAGUACUGAUUUUGGAAAACAAUCAACAGAAAGUAAAAAACCUGACAUUGCCAACAAUACAUCAAAUAAUAAUAUGAUUGGUAUUGUGGGCGAUAAAAUAGAAGAAUUAGUUAAAAUGGGGUUCAAUGAAAAGGAAGCAAAAGAUGCACUUAAUAGAUAUGAUCAAGACUUGGAAAAGGCUAGUAACUUUUUGCUUGAUCAAUCAUCAAAGCAGUAG